GAGGAGAAAUCUGCCUUGUCCUCGCUUAGCAAUCGUGGGAAUCGAUAGAACCCCUGACACCUGCGUCGAUGGUGUGUACACGCUAGCGAGCAUGAACUGACCCAAGCAUUUUCGGCCAUUAUCAAGACCGACCGUGGCGGUCGUGGCGGUAAAACGUAGAACCCGGCAUCCUUGCUUCGCACGCUUUGCACGUUUUACGUCGGGUGAGGACCGAAGUGGCCGACCUCCUCUCUCCUACCGCCCAAGCCUUCCGUCAGUCCUUCGUUUACCGUCUUCUCUGAAGAUCGUUCCCUCAUACACACGCAGUCGUUUCGCUCACCCUGCCGCUCGUUAUCGCUGAGAGCUUGUCGAUUGCUCUCGUCCACUCAUUUUAUACGUCUUUUCUGCCGCUUCGAUCUUCGUCCAAAAUGAGGGUCGGCCGGUUUUUUGAUUGUGCCUGGCCGAUCCGAGCCAUCCUGGUGCUUUUCCUCGGGGCUUUUCUGUCCGUGAGGCCUGCGGACGCUGCCAUGACUCCUCCGGAUAUCAUUGUUGCCUGUAACAGCUUGGCCCGUAUGGCCUUCGAUCUGAAGGAUCUCAUAAACGUCGUUGUCCAGCUGAAGAAUCCGGGGCCAUUCCAGGACAUUAUGGACGAAUUCAAGGAUAUCUCGGAUUCGUGUCUUUCUACCAUUGGUGUCAUGAUCCGGACCCCGGUGAUAACGGACCAGAAUGACCAACAGCUGAUCUAUGAGUCUUAUUCAUAUUUCGUGCAAGGCGUGUUCGAGCUCAUGGACGCCAUUACUGCAUCGGCAGCCGACCUCAUCACCGUGGAUAAACAGGCCGAGUUCCGAAUUCCUGCCGCUGUCCGUGAGAUGGCCGGAGUCACAGACGCGCUUCUCUACCAGGUCAUGGCUGUCUUCCCGACCACCUCCUCCUACUCUCAGCAAGCCAUGAAUCAGAUGGCCCAGGUCGAUACCCAUUUCCGCAUGUCAGUCCAUUCGAUCCAUCUUGCCACGGCAAGCACAGGGUCCCCGUACUCUAACACCACCACUGUUGAGUGACUUACAACAUCUACACCCCCAUGGCUGUCAUUUGAGAAACGUCCUGGUCUGCGGUCUUUUGAUUAACGGUACUGUAUUAAUGUUAAUGUCCCCAAGCUAUACAAAACAAAAAAAACUGAAAAAGGAUGGUUACUAUAGACCAUGGUACCUUUUGA